UUAUCAGCUCUGCUUCUACAUACAGUAUGUUGUCUGUAUCCUAUUUAUCAGCUCUGCUUCUACAUACAGUAUGUUGUCUGUAUCCUAUUUAUCAGCUCUGCUUCUACAUACAGUAUGUUGUCUGUAUCCUAUUUAUCAGCUCUGCUUCUACAUACAGUAUGUUGUCUGUAUCCUGUUUAUCAGCUCUGCUUCUACAUACAGUAUGUUGUCUGUAUCCUAUUUAUCAGCUCUGCUUCUACAUACAGUAUGUUGUCUGUAACCUGUUUAUCAGCUCUGCUUCUACAUACCGUAUGUUGUCUGUAUAUCAGGUUUAUCUUAUGCCUGGAAAUUCUGUUUAUUGUGGCAGCACCAUUUCACCAAGUCAAAUUCCUUUAUAUACAAAAUGUAUUAUGCGAUUAAAGGUGAUUCUGAUCUUCUACAGUUUACAGGGCAGGACUCUUAUUUUGAAAGAUUUAAAAUCCCAUGAAUCGCUUUAUCUUGUUUGCAUAACACAGCUGGAAAGAAGGAUGGCGGAUGCUGGAAAUAAAGAGUCAGCGCCGAUUGGAGGAGAUGAAUUUACCAACACAGAGUUGGAGAAUAACAAGAAUAACACGAUGGUGGAGGAAGGAUCCACUCUGCUGCGGAGAAUGGAGAUCAGUGUGGCCGAGGCAGAGAAAAGAACUGGGAAAAAUACAGUGAACAUGCAAGAGAUAUUCACAGUGUACCUCAUAGAAACUCGACCCAUAGAUGCAAUAACAGAAGUCCAUAACCCAGCCCCAGACUCUCUCUGGAGGAGAUACAGUGAAUUUGAGAUCCUCCGGAACUAUUUGUUAGUCACCUAUCCAUUUAUCGUGGUGCCGCCUUUGCCAGAGAAGAGGGCAGAGUUUGUUUGGCACAAGCUGUCUGCAGACAACAUGGACCCAGACUUUGUAGAGAGGCGCAGGGUUGGUCUGGAGAACUUUCUACUUCGCGUGGCCUCCCAUUCGGUUCUGUCCAAUGACAAAAUCCUAUACCACUUCCUGACUGAGGAACACAGGUGGAAGGAGGUGGUGUAUGAGACAGGGUUCCAAGCCAAGGCAGACUCCAGGAUUAAAGCUCUGAGCGCAACUUUCAGGGUGAAGAACCCUGACAAGCGGUUCACAGAGAUGAAACACUACAGCGAUGAGCUUCAGUCUCUCACCUCCCAGCUGCUCAGAGUCAGAGCAAGAGUAGCAGACAGGCUCUACGGCGUAUACAAAGUCCAUGGGAACUACGGAAGAGUAUUCAGUGAGUGGAGUGCCUUAGAGAAGGAGAUGGGAGACGGUCUACAGAGUGCUGGACACCAUAUGGAUGCCUAUGCUGCCUCAGUAGAUGAUAUGUUGGAGGAAGAGGAGCACUACGCAGACCAACUGAAGGAAUACCUUUUCUAUGCUGAAGCCUUAAGGGCUGUGUGUAGGAAACACGAGCUGACCCAGUAUGAGCUGGAGACGGCCUCCUCAGACCUCAUCUCCAAGAAGCAGCAACGGGAGGAGCUGGCCACUGGGAUGGUACGGACGUUCUCCUUCAAAGGAAUGACCAACAAGCUGUUUGGUCAGGAGACACCAGAGCAGAGGGAGGCUAAACUCAGCCUACUAGAGGAGCAGAUCGUCCAGGGAGAGGAGACGGUCACAGAGAAAACAGUGGAGUGCGAGGAGUACGUGAAGGGUGCGUGGGUGGACAUGCAGCGCUUCAAGGAGCAGAAGGACAGGGAUCUGAGGGAGGCUCUGAUUGGCUACGCCGUCAUGCAGAUCAGCAUGUGUAAGAAGGGCAUUCAAGUGUGGACCAAUGCUAAGGAAUGUUUCCACAAGAUGUAAGGGGGUCGGGCCGUGGGUCAGCGACGACGUCUAUGGCACGAGUGUACAACAACUUCACCUUUUGACCUUCACAUGGAAACAGAACCACUGUUGUCACGGCAACAAGCCCCAGCUGACAUAAAGUCACAGGGCUGCGUCUCAGUACUCAUUCCAAUACUGGCUGCAUCUCAGUACUCAGUCCAAUACUGGCUGCGUCUCAGUACUCAGUCCAAUACUGGCUGCGUCUCAGUACUCAGUCCAAUACUGGCUGCGUCUCAGUACUCAGUCCAAUACUGGCUGCGUCUCAGUACUCAGUCCAAUACUGGCUGCGUCUCAGUACUCAGUCCAAUACUGGCUGCGUCUCAGUACUCAGUCCAAUACUGGCUGCGUCUCAGUACUCAGUCCAAUACUGGCUGCGUCUCAGUACUCAGUCCAAUACUGUCUGCGUCUCAGUACUCAGUCCAAUACUGGCUGUGUGUCAGUACUCAGUCCAAUACUGGCUGCGCUCCAGAUAAAGUGGGGAGGUAAGGAAGCCUUUCAAGACAUGAGAUGCAGCCCGGGACUAUAUUUUGUAAUGAGAUAUAAGGCACAAACAUUGUGUGUAGUAUCAGCAGGAUAAAGGUUGUUUAUUAAGACAACGUGUGUGUAGUAUCAGCAGGAUAAAGGUUGUUUAUUAAGAGAACGGGUGUAGUAUCAGCAGGAUAAAGGUUGUUUAUUAAGAGAACGUGUGUAGUAUCAGCAGGAUAAAGGUUGUUUAUUAAGAGAACGUGUGUAGUAUCAGCAGGAUAAAGGUUGUAUGGUGAGAGUGUGUGUGUAGUAUCAGCAGGAUAAAGGUUGUUUAUUAAGACAACGUGUGUGUAGUAUCAGCAGGAUAAAGGUUGUUUAUUAAGAGAUUGUGUGUGUAGUAUCAGCAGGAUAAAGGUUGUAUGGUGAGAGAAUGUGUGUGUAGUAUCAGCAGGAUAAAGGUUGUUUAUUAAGAGAACGUGUGUGUGUAGUAUCAGCAGGAUAAAGGUUGUAUGGUGAGAGAGUGUGUGUGUAGUAUCAGCAGGAUAAAGGUUGUAUGGUGAGAGUGUGUGUGUAGUAUCAGCAGGAUAAAGGUUGUAUGGUGAGAGUGUGUGUGUAGUAUCAGCAGGAUAAAGGUUGUAUGGUGAGAGUGUAGCACAUGGGGGAUGUGGGAAACUUACUCCUCAGCCUGAAGUGUCACCACUUGUGCAGCCGAGUUGUUAACGCUUCGAUGGCGCCGACUGGUAAGACGCUUCGGGAGGGCGGUCACGUGUGCUAGCGAAGCAGAUGUCCUGGGUUCGAGCGUCCGUGUGAGCCCGAUCAGGAGGAAGCGGUACUCGCUAAGUAAGCAGCGUGACGCCAGUUAUCAGAAUGCUGCUGUUACCUUGGUUUACCUCUAUGAACUGAACUGGAAAAGAAACUGAAUCAACUGUCAAAGGACUUCUGGCCUUUUCUCUGCUUAAAGCACAUGAUAUCAUAAUGUCUGGUAUGUGGAUAUUGAAUGAGAUAUUAUUUCAGAAAAUGUCAAGGUACAUGUAUAUAAGAAUAUUAUAUACUUUGACGUGUCCAUCUAUUUAAAUAUUUUAACAACAGUGAACACUAACCUGGUGUUUGUUGGUUGAAGCCAAAAUAUUAACUUACUAAUUUAAUCAUGGUUUCUCAAAGAAAACAUCCUAUUUCUACAUUGUGACUCGCAGUAAUAAUGUGAUUUAAGGUCAGAUUUGAUCAUCAUUCAUGUACAUUCUUAUCCAAGUUGAACUGAGAUAACAGUCAUACUGCAUUGUAUAUUCAGCUUUAUGGUUUUAAUAAAAAUAUUGUCUUCUACCAUA